CAAAGCUUGAAAUCACGACCUCAAUUUAAGGUACUUGCUAAGUGGUCGAGCACCUCCACCAUCAAUCGAUAGGUAGAGGACUCGAGUCACCUUAAAGCGGAAACAUUAUUGAUCCUCCCAAUGGGUUCGGCGAACAAAUAAAAAAUAAAGAAAGGCAAUGAGGGUAGUUUAGGUAAUUCAGUUUCUAGAGUGUCACAAUUUAUUGCCAAAAAACAAGAACCAGAGGCGAAAGUGAGAGAGAAAAAUGGAGAGUGUAAGCAUAGUAGGAGCAAGUCCUUGUAUUUCUUCUUCACUUUCUUCCAAAACCAGCAGCUUAUCCUGCGCACCCACUUGCAGGCUUAUCCUUAACCCCAUCAAGAAACACAGCAAUUUAGCUGCAUUUCAACCAGCAUUUCAUCUAUUUGCAAGUACCCAAUUUCGGCCCCAUGCUUCCAAAAGGAACCAUACAGCUCGUAUCUUCCUUCCCCACUUGGUUGCUUCCAUGGAGGAAGUGGAGGAGACGUAUAUUAUGAUUAAGCCUGAUGGUGUUCAAAGAGGACUGGUUGGGGAGAUUAUUUCAAGAUUUGAGAAAAAGGGGUUUAAGUUAACUGGAUUGAAGCUUUUUGAAUGCCCCAAAGAAUUGGCUGAGGAACAUUACAAGGACCUCCAAUCCAAAUCAUUCUUCCCCAAGCUGAUCGGUUACAUUACCUCUGGUCCUGUUGUCUGUAUGGCUUGGGAGGGUAUUGGUGUUGUAGCAUCUGCACGCAAGCUAAUAGGAGCAACUAAUCCUCUUAAUGCCGAGCCAGGCACAAUCAGAGGAGACCUUGCUGUUCAAACUGGAAGAAAUGUGGUGCACGGAAGUGAUAGCCCUGACAAUGGCAAGCGUGAAAUAGCUCUUUGGUUUAAAGAAGGUGAACUGUGUUCAUGGACACCUGCUCAUGAACCUUGGUUGACGGAAUAAUGCCUCGCGGAGAUAUGACUCAUCACUAGGAUUUGGAGGUUUCAGCUUCAUUAAUCUGCAGGAGAAGGAUGAAUUCAAUUUUGCAAUACUAUCAUUCUGUCAUUGCAAUUAACUUUUUCUCUAAAGAAAAUGUGGUUGUAAUGCUUGAUUGCAAGCAAUUUUAACGGUUCAUUGCAAGAGUUUUCUGGUUUCUUAGGAGAGCGAGAACAUCUGCUUGUAUGAAAUUGGACGCGUUACAUGUUCUAAAUAAUUGUAUACUGAACUUUUGAAUUCUGUGGAUGAUGAGAUUCGCUUGGACA